UGGGUGAUGGACAUCCACAAAUGAAUACGUACCAUAUGAAACGUAACAUAUCAUACUAAAUGGAAUGUGUCGGAUUUACAUACAGUAUAAUACAAAAUGCUGUGAGACCAGGUUGUCACACUAGCUGUUUGUUUGUUCCCAGUAACCUGUUUUCAAAGAACACCUCUCAGCCGACAUCUAUUACCAAAACAGAGCUAUUCCUCUGUUCCACAAUGUAAAUGUCAUCCAACUUCCCCCUUAUCAUGCUGUAGAAUAAAAGGAUGUUGACAUUAUAAUGGCCUCAAGACAAAGAUAACAAACAUUCAUAUUGAAACUGAAAGUCUCAGUAGUGAAUUGUUUGCAACAGACACAAGGUAAAGAAAAGGACUCCGUGUGACUGUUUACAGUCUGAGUUGAGAGAAACGGUCAGAGGGGGGAGGGGCUGAACACCGUCUGUGGAAAGUACCGUAAGAAUCCACUCCUGACACAGAUGUUGGCAAAAGGACAAACAUGGCAUUUGAAACGACACUUUAUACAGCAGCUGGUUUACUGCUAUUAAUUGAGGUCAGGGGAAGGUGCUGACGGAGUCUUUGGAAAGUACCUCAACCUCCCUGACAAGGAAGGGAAGGUGGAAGGACACAAGCAUUGAGAUUGAACAUUUGAAAACAACACUCUUGUAGACAGCAUGGAAAGGCAAAUGAGGCCAGCGAGUUAUGACAUGAGUGGACAACGCAGAGCUUUAUUGCUAAUUGUCAGGGACAAGGAGAAGAUGAAGUGUAACCGUUGCAGUUUUGAAGUUGACCGUCAAACAAUGGAGAAGUUUUUUGAGGGGUUUGGUUUCCAGUAUCGCAGUGUGCUGGACGAAACAGCUCAGGAAAUGAAGGAGGAAGUAAUAAACUUCAGAAACAGCAUCAACAGUAGCAGUGGGAACAUCAGCUGUGUGUUUGUGGCGACUUCGUCUCACGGACACCGGGACGUCAUCAUAGGUGCAGAUAAAAAGACCCUGGCAGUAAAAGAUAUAAUCGAACCGUUUGGAGACGAGCUGUGUCCCAAGACGAAGGGGAAACCUAAGGUCUUCAUCAUAGAUGCCUGCAGGGGGAGUAACCAUGAUACUGGAGUUCACUUUGAUUCUGCUGCUGAUGAAAAACGAUCAAAGGAAGCCAUGGCCACAAAAGAGUACCGGUCCACUCGGGUGCCACCGUGCAUCAAUGACAUGCUGGUUGCAUAUGCAGCCAUGACAGAUUACGUGGGCAUGAUGAACAGCACCUUUGGGUCACAUAUGAUUUACAACAUUAGUCAAGUGUUUUCCUCACCUGGUGCAGCAGAAGAACAUGUCUACAACUUGUUUGUGAAGCUGGAGUCUCUGGUCCAGAAUCAACAUGUUGAUUAUUCCUCUGUAGCUGGAGUCUCUGGUCCAGACUCAACAUGUUGUCCACCAUCUCCUAAAGCGGAGGCUGCUGAGGGGAGGACGGCUCAUAAUGAUGUCCGGAACGGAGCCGAUGGAAUGGCAUCAAACACCCUGAAACCAUGGAAACCAUGUGUUGGAAUGGCAUCAAACACCCGGAAACCAUGGAAACCAUGUGUUGGAAUGGCAUCAAACACCCGGAAACCAUGGAAACCAUGUGUUUGAUGUAUUUGAUUCCAUUCCACUGAUUCCACUCCAGCCUUUACCACGAGCCCAGUCCUCCCCAGUUAAGGUGCCACCAACCUCCUGUGCUUUGUACUUUUUUAAUGUUUUUUUAUUUUUAACGUUUGACUUAGUUUGUUUUGUAAUAGCAUGACCUGAACUGUCCCAAGAUGAUCCUGGGUAUUAUCCUGUACUAACGUUAGUGUGAGAGUCACAUUCAAAAUCAUAGCAGGAGGAAAUAUUGACAUUUUGUUAGAGAAAACAGACCUUAUUUAACAGAUUCUCCAAUCCCAUGUCACGUCAUCCUGCUACUCUGUCCUGGAUUCCCCUCCUGACCUGCUUACCCUGUCUCAACCCCUCUCACCCCUCUUAACCCUUGUUCUCCUGUUCCACUCAGGGUAACAGGUUGGGCCCCUUGUUCUCCUGUUCCACUCAGGGUAACAGGUUGGGCCCCUUGUUCCCCUGUUCCACUCAGGGUAACAGGUUGGGCCCCUUGUUCCCCUGUUCCACUCAGGGUAACAGGUUGGGCCCCUUGUUCCCCUGUUCCACUCAGGGUAACAGGUUGGGCCCCUUGUUCUACUGUUCCACUCAAGGUAACAGGUUGGGCCCCUUGUUUUCCUGUUCCACUCAAGGUAACAGGUUGGGCCCCUUGUUCCCCUGUUCCACUCAGGGUAACAGGUUGGGCCCCUUGUUCUACUGUUCCACUCAGGGUAACAGGUUGGGCCCCUUGUUCCCCUGUUCCACUCAGGGUAACAGGUUGGGCCCCUUGUUCUACUGUUCCACUCAAGGUAACAGGUUGGGCCCCUUGUUUUCCUGUUCCACUCAAGGUAACAGGUUGGGCCCCUUGUUCCCCUGUUCCACUCAGGGUAACAGGUUGGGCCCCUUGUUCUACUGUUCCACUCAGGGUAACAGGUUGGGCCCCUUGUUCCCCUGUUCCACUCAGGGUAACAGGUUGGGCCCCUUGUUCCCCUGUUCCACUCAGGGUAACAGGUUGGGCCCCUUGUUCCCCUGUUCCACUCAGGGUAACAGGUUGGGCCCCUUGUUCUACUGUUCCACUCAGGGUAACAGGUUGGGCCCCUUGUUCUCCUGUUCCA